AUGUGCAUCAAUAAAAUGAAAGCGGAUAAAUGCGGUUUAUAUCCCAUUUGCCUUAAGUUGUUUCUUAUUCUGAGAAUGGUAAUAGCAGGCGUCCAGCAAGAAGCUGAAGAAGAGCUAGUAACGGUUGCUCCGGCGAUGUUUAUUGUAAAACCAAAUGGAACAACAUCAGCAGAAUCAAGUAAAUCAACAGUAAUUUCGACUCAAAAAACACCAAAUAAAGUGAAAUGUACACUAUUACCCAUAGAGCCAACCUGCCUUGAACAGAAACAUAUCGAAAUGUGCAGCAUUAGCUAUAGGGUCAACUGUUCCUGCCUCCCAUCGGAAUGCACAUAUAUCUAUGGGGCCAACAGUUCCCACCGCGAUCGCGAUCGCAAGCCAAAGCUGGAAGGAAUAUUGAUUGGUAUGGUAGUGCCAUCCCGAAUCGACCGGAUCGGAAAGCAAUCGCUUUAUAGUGUUUUAGAGGGAGUUUGCGAUCAAGUUGCAACUAGUCGCAGGCAAGUUUUGCGUUUGGGUGGAACUGAUGGUGGUGAAAUGCAAGGCAAUCUUUCCAGUCAACAGUUCCAAUCAUUGACAACUCAUUUGGAUCAUUGUCUGAAUGCGUUGCGCUUACUUCGAAACGAAGUCAUAUCUGUACAUCGCCGAAUAGUGGAAGGUAGUUGGGAAAGUGAUCCAGCCGAAGGUGAAAAGACGCUAGAAGAGAAACUCGACUUUAUUAAUCAAAUUUACGAUAACUUGGAAUCGCACGCAAAACAACUGCCAGUCUCGACACCUAUGACGGUACAAAUGGAGCGUCUGAGUCGAUUUCUGCAUGAUGGACAGAUUGACCCACAUACUAGUGAAUUAUACGAUAAAGCGCUAGAAGCAUCUACAUGGAUGGAAACAAACAAUCAGUUAUUGCAAAUGUAUGCGGAAUUUCUGCGCACCGUUGUGGGUAAUCGGCGGCGAUCAAUAAUGACAGACCGUCCAAUAUCAUACUCAAACUAUGGAUUAAAUUCAUCACCACAAAGUAUUUUUGAGCAAACACUAACAGUUGUACUGAAAGAUCCAAAUAUUAAGAAAAUUGGACUUGUUGGACGGUAUUUGGAAAGAAGUACUCUAUCAGCUCUUGUUGAAUUCAAAUUUGGACAAGUGAUAGAUAAACAAUAUGUCUGUUUGCUCAAAAUGCUUAUGGUUGUCAAUAGUGGUGUACCAGAAUUCGUGCAAAUGAUUGCUCCUCAUGAAGAAUGGUCUUAUUUGGAUGUUGGCUGUAGUCAAGUUGACAUUCAUAAGGAGAGUAGAUAUUUGGUAUAUCGGAAGAUGAGUGUUCAAGCAAAUAUACAUUUGAUGCAGACAAUAAUGCCGUGUAUUGACAUUCGAAAUGCACACACACUUUCAUAUGUCCUAAAUCUAUUUGCGAAAUUUUCUGGAGUAUUUGAUAUAAAAUGUCGCGUUUGCAAAAAGAUAAUGAAAGACUAUUUGCCGCCACUGAUGUUCGAUCUUCGGUGUCCGAAGAACGCAUUACAUGAAUCAUGUCGAUAA